AUGAGGACAGAGGUAGAAUCCGCUAUGGAGGUGGAACCUUUGGAAACAUUUGAACAAAAAGCUGUGGAUGAGGAGGAUCAAGGAAUGGAAGAGGAGGAUCAGGGAGAGGAGCUUGACAUGCAGGAUGUGAUGGAUCCUGAUGAGGGAAACGGACGUCCAAUCACCAAAACAAAGCCUGUAAAAAGCGGUGGUUCUUUUUUAGGUGGCACUACUAAGAAGAAAUUGAUGCAAAACCUGGCCUCACCAAGGAAGAAGACCACAACUAAGCAGCUCACCAAGGCGGGGGAGAAAGGUACUCUACCUCCGAGGAAUGAUCCGAUUAAGCCAAUUACUGAGCAGGGAGAAGUUCCUAAGAUCUUCCAAGGCUCCAUGUAUGGGGUGGAGAUUGUGGAUGUAGGGAACACCUCUUGA